CUACGUCAUGUGACGCAAUAGCAGUCAGCAUCGCCAGGAAAAUGGUGGCAGGUUUUGGUUAAAGACAAACAGAGGCGGAGGAACAGCCAGCAGCAAAUGGAUUAUUAAGGUAGCCGCAGAGAGAUGCUCUACUCCGGCCUGUCUCUUAUCAGCUGAGAGGACAGGGAAUGAGUAAGCAAACCAAAUAUAAAGGUGUGUGAGGUUUAAAAGCUCAUUUGAAUCGGCUUUGACAAAAGCAGCCCUUGUACUCUCUCCAGAAGACCACUACCAGAGUACGGAGACAUGGAUUCCUCCUGUGGUCUCACAGACGACAGAGCGUCUCCCCCUAACUCCCUGAAUGUGAGCCCACCCGGAGGAGGCGGCGGUGUGUCCUCAUCCCACCGUAAACGCCGUACGUUGCUUGCCCCGGAGAUGAACCUCUCCCUGGAUCAGAGCGAGGGCUCUCUGCUGUCAGAUGACUUCCUGGACACGCCAGAUGACCUGGACAUUAAUGUUGAUGACAUCGAUACUCCAGACGAGACAGACUCACUGGAGUUCAUCACCAAUGGCAAUGAAUUGGAGUGGGAAGAUGACACACCGGUGGCCUCAGCCAAAGCAGGUCCCGGCGGCGGGUCAGGAGACGUGGGUGAGGACGGGAACACCAACAACGGACGCCUCUGGAGAACAGUGAUCAUCGGAGAACAGGAGCAUCGUAUUGACAUGCAGGUCAUCAGGCCUUACCUGCGGGUCAUCACACACGGAGGUUAUUAUGGAGAAGGUCUCAAUGCCAUCAUUGUGUUCUCUGCCUGUUACCUGCCUGACAGCAGCUGUCCAGACUAUCACUACAUCAUGGAAAACCUCUUCCUGUAUGUGGUGAGCAGUCUGGAGAUGCUUGUGGCUGAAGAUUACCUGAUCAUCUACAUGAACGGAGCCACUCCUCGGAGUAAGAUGCCUGGGAUCAGCUGGCUCAAGAAAUGUUACCAGAUGAUUGACAGAAGAUUGAGGAAGAACCUGAAGUCUCUGGUCAUCGCUCAUCCCACGUGGUUCAUACGCACUGUCCUCGCCAUCUCUCGGCCCUUUAUCAGUGUGAAGUUCAUGAAUAAGAUCCAGUAUGUCCACAGCCUGGAUGAACUGGCAGAGAUCGUCCCCAUGGAGCAUGUCCAUGUCCCGGAGUGUGUGGUGCAAUUUGACGAGGAGAGGAUUAAAGCCCGGCGGGAAAGGAUGGAGCAGGAGCAGAGACAGCAGGAGCAGCAUCAGUCAGUCCCACAGGAGCCAAUUAAAAAGUCUGAGAGGCCAAAGUCAGUGAUUGUAGAUCAAGGGUUAUGAGAAGGACCAUGAUUUGCAGGGUGCGACAGAAGUGUGGAGCAUGAAGCCUUUGAUUUAUACCCAUAAGAAGCAGAAGUCUAUAUAUGCUUCCUUGUUUUAUCAACAUCCAGCUGAAGAUUUGUGCCAUCACUUUCCAAUCAAAAUGGUGAAUGCUCCAUCUCUAUUCCCUCUGUCUGGAACCCCCUCGUUCUUUCUCCCAGAGAGGUUUAUAUACCCAGCUUCUAAGUGUAUGAGGGAAGAAGCUGCUCUUUCGAGCUUAGUUUGCAAGAACUUGUUUCUUAAUGGAAACUGUUGCUGAGUACAUCAAUUCAUUACCCUGCUGUGUGGUAUGACCUCGUGAGUAGCUCAUAUUGAAAUGUUGCAUCGUCAUGAGGCUCUGUAAGGCCAGGACAUGGACAGAAAUUCUCUCUCAAAAAUCGAACAAAAUUAACUAAAACUGUAAAAAGAAAGACAUUUUUGCAACAUUUAGUGAAACACUAGUUGUUUCUCUCAUGUCUUAAUAUCAGUCGACAGGUUACAGGCUUGUCUCUCGGUUUCUACGAUUCUGAAGUUUGUUAGUAACAGAGUACGUCAACUGGAUUGUCAGCCUAAAUUCCAGGGUGUUUUUAUGAGUUACUUGGAGAUACAACAUUUUAGCCUGACAGGAGGGAUGUGUGCACAUAUUGUAACUUGACAGGACCAGAGAUGUUAAACAGCAAUGUCACUGAUGUAACAAAUGUCGAGCUUGGGUCUGUGUGAGUUCACCAGACCGCAGCGGUCACACACAUUUAUAUUCAUCCUGGUCUGUGUCAGUAUAAUGUGUAUAUAACAACGACAGUAUUCCAGUCGAUCCAGAUGCCUUCAUCGUUAUUUUUUGCCUCAUAACUGCUGUAUCAUAAGGUCUUUCCAAACUCUCUCAUAUGCUGUACUGACAUUUUGAAAAUGUUAAAAUGUACUAACAUUCACUGACAUAGGGAUCAUUUGAUACUGUUUUUUCUGAUCCCGUCUGCUCUGUGAUAGUUUCCUCUGUGCCCUUCCAUCUGUACUGUACCUUGUGUUAUGAUGUGCCUCAGUCUUCUUGUGUGUAAAAAGGGGAGACAUGAUUUCCAUUUGCUGAAAAAGAAGAAGAAUCAUAUGUGUUGUAAAUUAUUUGUAGAUGGAGAAGUGAUAUUUGUCUAUUUUGUAGCAUAUGAUUGUGGUCACAUAAACAGAUUUCAUACAUUACAUGGACAUGCACUGUAUGUGAUUUAGUUAGAUUUUAGUAUCACUAUUAGUACCGCUAUCUAUUCUUAAUAAGAAAAAUACUAACCCUCAAAAUACAAAACAUACAGAAUAAUGAAUGUAAUCUGUAUGAAAGUGACUAUAAUCCGGACAAAAUACACAAAUAUUGCACAUAUGGUUCUUUUACACAGUUUCUAAAAUGUACACCUUAAACAUAAAGUGUUGAGAUCAUUUAUAAUAAACUACAUCCUGACAGUGAUCAGGAUUUCAGUGAUUUUCCGGGCACUUGUGUUCCAAGUGUGCAUUAGACAACACUGAGUUUAAGAUGUACAUUUUACUUUAAUUCGCACAGAUCAUUUUCAUUACCACUGACUGUAUCAGAUAUUAAGUGGCCUCUAAAAGGAAGGUCACGGCUAAGAAAGGUUGAUGUUAAUACAGAUGGAUGACCUUAAUGUAGCUUGGGGUGGGGUCUCAUUUGAUCAUUUAUAUUGUUUGUUUGCAUGCAUAAUGCAGUAUGGAUUGGACAUUUUCUGGAGAUUCCUUGAUUUUUAUCUCGUCUUCCAUUUGUUCGCAAGUCAGUCAACUUAUUGUAGCAGGAGAGCAGAGGAGUAAGAAAUUUUUAUUUUUGUAAAGAACUACAUACUUGUAUUGCCUGUUGAUAUUGUUGUGCACUGCUGGAUUUGGUCGUCGCAUAACUUUUGAAGCAUAGACUGUGAUAGAUUGGGAGGUGAUGAGUCCUCUUAAAUGUAUUUGUGUUGUUGUAAAGGAGCAUGACUGAAUCAUGCAGUUGUAUUGUAUGUUAGUACGGCAUACGCUUCUUUGGUAAAGAAAAUAGGACUCAUGAAAUGUCUGUUUCUAAAGUGCCAUUUCAGUUCUGAUUUUCCUCUUGUUCUGUUGCCUUUUUAGUGCGUGGAUGUUUGAGAAAAGGUUAGCCUUGUAGGGUGUCAUGACACCAAAACUGAGCAGUUACAUCAACUAUUUAUCAUCCACGAUGGAGCUGUCCUAGCACAGCAACCACAGUUUGUCAUUCUUUGAGGGAAGGUUUCUCUGUUUGUAGUUUGUUGGGUGAACUGAGUGCCUAUUUUUGAACCAAAUGUUCAAAGGAAAUCCAGAAUAAGUAAAGGAAUGUAAAGUACAGCCUUUCCAUUUAUAGGUUCGCUAUAUCAAAUUACAUCCAAUAUCAAAAGCAAGGUUUGCAUAUAAAUGGCUGAUGUGAACUUUACAAAAAUCAACAUGUUCAUUUUGACUAUAAAAGCACAAUAAACAUACAAUUUAUUUGCCUUCCAUUUAUCUGCUGUAAAAUGUUUGCUCAGAUUUAAAUGGGAAAGAUGAUCUAUCAUCUUUCUAGAUUGCCAUGAUUGUUUUUGCCUUGUAAAUAUAACAGAAUAAAUUGUUC